AUGUCUGAGAAGACAACGACAAAGCCGAGAUACUUCGGUAUGACUGGUACAUGGUUGACAGUAUGGGUUACUGUCGCCUGUGCCACCGAUAUGACUCUUUUGGUUUUUGGCGGAGUAGUUGUUACUCAGGAUUACAUUCAGCAGCUCAAUCUCGCCAACAACAACGGUCUACUAUCAACCAUUACUGCCAUCUAUGAUAUCGGAUGUUUCUUUGGAGCCAUUGCUGCAGUCAUGAUCGGUGAUCCACUCGGACGCAAGAAUUCGAUCCUGGUGGGCACUACAAUCAUGUCCAUAGGAGCACUCCUCCAAUGCACAGCGUUCGGACCUCCUCAAAUGAUUGUCGGCCGUAUCGUUGCAGGUAUCGGAAACGGUAUCAACACUUCAACAGCGCCAGUCUGGCAAGGAGAAACUUCAAAGGCAUCGUGGCGUGGUAAACUGAUCAUUAUCGAGAUGAUCAUGAACAUUGCUGGUUUCAGUCUCAGCAAUUGGGUCACUUAUGGCUUCUCAUACCUCGAUGGAGGCGCUGCCUGGCGUGUGCCCUUGGCCUUGCAAUUUCUCUUCAUCUUCAUCCUCUACGGCACCGUCCCAUGGCUGCCCGAGUCACCACGCUGGCUCAUCAGCAAAGGUCGCGUCGAGGAGGCAAACCACAUUCUUGCGGCUCUCGAGUCGACUACUCAUGAUGACCCGCACAUCAUCGCUGCAAGCAAUGAGAUUCAGUAUGCUGUCGAUUACGAGCGCCAAAACUCACCUUCGUGGAGCGAGCUCCUCAGAGGCAAGACUGGCAAGGAGGGCGGUACCUGUACGAUGCGCCGUUUGUUCCUGGGAAUGGGUGCUCAAGCAAUGCAACAACUCGGCGGAAUCAACGUUACCUCCUAUUAUCUGCCUACUGUUUUGAUCCAAUCUGUCGGGCUCAGUGAGAAAUUAGCCCGUCUCCUGGCAGCUUGCAAUUCUGUAUCCUAUCUCCUGUUCUCAUUCAUCUCAAUUCCCAACAUUGAGAAAUGGGGCCGUCGCAACAUGAUGCUGUAUGCAUCUCUUGGUCAAGGCUGUUGCUACCUACUGAUCACCAUUCUCCUGCGCUUCAACGACAUGGACGGCUAUGCUCACAAGAGUGAGGUAGCUUCUGCCUCAGUUGCCUUCUUCUUCCUCUACUACGUCUUCUUCGGUAUUGGCUGGCAAGGAGUACCUUGGCUGUAUCCUACAGAAAUCAACUCUCUCUCGAUGCGUACCAAGGGCGCUGCUCUAGGUACUGCAACCAACUGGAUCAUGAACUUCAUGGUUGUUGAGAUUACCCCCAUCGGUAUUAACAGCAUCCACUGGAAAUUCUACAUCAUCUGGACAGUCUUCAACUUCAGUUUCAUCCCCAUUGUGUAUACUCUCUACCCCGAAACCAGCGAUCGAACGCUUGAGGACAUGGAUCGCUUCUUCCGCGAGAACCACGAUCCUCUUGUGUUCCGCCACAAGGACGCCAUCAGCACCAAGCGUCCUCUGGCCUACAUUGAGCGUGAGGAGGAAGAGGUCAGACGUACUUCUUCUGUUCAUGCUGGCAUGGCAAUGGAAGCAGCUCGCAACAAGAGCAAUGCUACCGAGUUCAACGAGAAGAGAAAUGGCACAAAUCCUGCGCACAGUACUGACGGUAGCCAUGACGAGUUCAAGGAGGAUGUCUAG